AUGCAAGCGAUGCGUCAAGGCCGGCACCGAAUGUGUUCACACUGCACAGCUCGGCGGAAAGCCCUCAGGAGAGAGCCAUCACCCGGCGGCGCAUCACGCGUCAAAGCCGUCUGGUCAUUCGGCGCCGUUUCAACAACACACCCCUGCCAGUGAAUCGUCCAUGGGCAUAUCCUCCGCGCAGCCAGCGCCUCACCGUCACACCAAGAGCUGGGGCAGCAGCGGCUCCCGCAGGCCGGAUGACAAGGAGCCGCUGGCCCCUUGGCACAUGUUUGCUACCCCGACGUUUUCCAGAUCACAGCUGGAGUUUCCAAAGAUAUCGAGCAGCCGCGGAGAGGUGCGGCGCGAUCACACUGCGGAUGGUUUGGAGGUUGGGCCCGAGGCCACGCUCGCUGCGCUGCCCGUCAGCGAGCGGACCUCGCAGAGAUCGAGCCGCGCCCCUUCCGACGCCGCUACGACCUUUGACCUGGUAGAAAAAGGGCUCGACUUGGAUGGCCGAAGUUUCUGCCCGCUCUCCAGCCCAGUGCUCGACGACGCCGCGGGGGCUGUCACUACUACGGCCACCACCACUGCGACUUUGGCACACCCAAACCACAUUUUACAGUACUCGCAGGCCGAGCCGCUCACACCUUCGAGCUACUUCAAUGCUUCGACGGGCGGCAACAUGAACAGCGGCGGGGUGGCCGGCCAGGGUUUGCGUGACCAACAGGUAGGUAACCAACAGCAACGCUACCAGUCCGUGAGCGGUCGUUCGUCGGUCAACGCCCCGGAAAACUGCCUGCAUCUCCUUUCGCAGCUGAGCUCCAAGUUUCUUAUGGAUUUUGGCAAAUGUGGUACCGGCGACUGGUCCACGAUGGCCGAUGACAACCAUAGCAACCUGAGCAGCACCAUCGGCAAGCUCUUCGACGGCUUACAGAUCUUUCUAAAGACCAUCGAGCGCCUGCGUCCGGCAUCGCCCUUUGACAACUUUUCCUCGGGCUCCGAGUGUUCAUAUUCUGACCUGUGCGACGAAUCCGAGUUUAUCGGGUUGACUGGGGACAGCCAGAUGCAGAUGCACCCGAUCGGGAUGGCAGUCGAUCAUGUGCCCGGGGGAUCGUCCGCGGAAAACACCCAUCAUCAUCACCAUCAUCAUGAUCAUCAUCAUAAUAGUCGCAACCGAGGCAUGAAUGCGGCGGAACCGACGGAUGGCGCAGCGCCUCAGCCGCUCGACAUGCCCACGACGCUGACGAUACUCACCUGCUACACGUGGCUCCUCAAGGGGUACGAGCUGGUGCUGUCCGGAAUACACGAGCUCCUGUCGUCACAGGACCGCCUGCAGGGCCUGCAGUCCCUGCCGGCCAUAGUCCACGGGGUCAGGAUUGGGGGUUUCGGGAUGGACGACCACCCAGACAUGCAGAUCGAGGUUGUAAUCCACGUCGGUUGGCAGCUGAUGCAGCGGAUCGAGGGGGUUCUGGGAGUCCAAGUCGUCUCGGAGAUGGGGAAAGGCGGGCUGGGCGGCUCUCACCGAGACGAGCCAUCAUCUCGAGGUGCCGACGGCGGUGGCGGCGGCGGCGGCGCUGGUUCUUCAAGUUCCAGUAGCGACGAGCGCCGGAUCCUCGACCCCAAGUCUGCGGCCGCUGUGCUGGAUAGCUGGUUCACCAACGCCACCAGCAGGGGCGGCAGUGGCGGGAACGGGGCAGACGAAGACUUUGGUGAUUUACGCGGAGGCAGAAGGGUGGAGAUUAUACGCACUAUAACAAACAUUAGGAAAUUUCUCAGGAGUUACUGGAGAGACUACAACGGCAAAACACAAGCGUAA